GUAUGAUGUUUCUUUUCCAACUGAAAGAUUCUCACAACAUCAUUUACUGUUUGUAUCUCAAAAUCCAGAAAUCCUCUUCCCCCCUCACAACUCACCCACCACUUUUCUCCAUUCCAGACUAAAUUAUAAGCUCACAUUCACACCCCACAAACCCAUCUCCUCUCUCUCUCUCUCUCUCUCUCAUCACACAAAAAAAGAAAGAAAGAAGAAAGAAAGAAAGAAAGAUGAGAUCCAAAACCCAAUCCACCAUCAACUUUAAGCUCAUCCUCAUCUGCCUUGCCUUCCUUUUCCUUCUCUUCUUAGUCCUAAGAUCAUCAUCAUCAUCAAAUUCUCUCCUAUAUUCCCAACAAAUCCCAUCCCUCCUCUCCUCAUCAAACUCCUCAUCAUCAAAUUCCCAACAAGAUAAAACCCAAUCAGAUUCAACAUCUUGUCCAGAACAAGAACCCAACACUAAAUCAACCCCAACAUGCAACAAAAUCUUACCAUCUCUAGCCCAAGCCAUGGUCCACUACGCAACCUCAAACAUAACCCCACAACAAACCAAGAAGGAGAUCUCAGUCUCCCUCAAAGUCCUCGAAAAGAAGUCACCCUGCAACUUCCUCGUCUUCGGCCUCGGCCACGACAGCCUCAUGUGGACAUCCCUCAACCACGGCGGCCGCACCGUCUUCCUCGAAGAAGACAAGUCCUGGAUCGACCAGAUCACUAAGCAAUUGCCCAGUCUAGAAUCGUACCACGUAGUCUACGACACCAAAGUAACCGAAGCAGAUCAAUUGAUGGAAUAUGGGUUGGGAUCGGAGGAUUGUAAAGUAGUGAGCGAUCCGAGGUUGUCCAAGUGUCAGCUGGCGCUGAAAGGGUUGCCGAGCGAGGUGUACGAUGUAGAGUGGGACUUGAUUAUGGUGGAUGCGCCCACUGGGUAUCAUGAUGGGGCUCCAGGGAGGAUGACUGCUAUUUAUACAGCUGGGUUAAUGGCUAGGAACAGAGAAGACGCACAAGCAGAAGAAGAGGGUAGUAGUGAUACUAGUGUUAGUACUACUACUACUACUCAUGUGUUUGUUCAUGAUGUGGAUAGAGUUGUGGAAGAUAAAUUUUCAAAGGCUUUUCUGUGUCAAGGUUACUUGACAGAGCAAGAAGGGAGGAUCAGACACUUCACCAUUCCCACUCAUCGGACUCGUCUUGGUACCUCACCACCCUUUUGCCCAUAGACCCCUUUCUCUCUCUUUCUUCUUGUAAUUUUUUUUUCUUUUUUUUUUUUUUUUGGAAGUCUGCAAUGCCUUUUAUUCUCUGAUGGAUUUUACCAAUUUAGGGGGAUUGAAAAAGAGGGUUACUUCUUGAAUUGUUGUUGCAUUUUCUUUCUUCACUAUGCGUUUGAUUAGGGAAUUUGGUAGCUGGGUUAGAAAGAGAAA